UCAUCAACUCACACUUUUCUCACAUCCAACAUCAUAACACAAGCUUAGAAUCACAAAAGCAACUAAGUCUCCUUAUUUUCUUAUCACAAGACAAAAGAGAAAAGCAAAAGACAAUGGCUUCGGCUCUGAGUUUUUUCACAUGCCUUGUUUUGACUGUGUGCAUAGUUGCAUCAGUAGAUGCAGCAAUCUCAUGUGGCACAGUGACAAGUAACUUGGUUCCAUGUGCCGGCUAUCUAAUGAAAGGCGGGCCGGUGCCAGCUUCAUGCUGCGCCGGAGUUUCAAAAUUGAACAGUAUGGCUAAAACCACACCGGACCGCCAACAAGCAUGUAAAUGCCUAAAGACCGCUGCAAAGAGCGUCAAUCCAAGUCUAGCCUCUAGCCUUCCUGGAAAGUGCGGUGUUAGCAUUCCCUAUCCUAUCUCCAUGAGCACUAACUGCAACACCGUCAAGUGAAGUGGGAACUCAUAUAUCAUGGAUGAAGAGUAUGGUCUAUAGCAUAAAUAAAAAAGGGUCUAUCUACGCUGACCUCAGCAUGCCCUAGUUUGUCUUGUUUUUAUUUUGUUGUUGAAAAGUUUGUCAUGUUACUUUGUAAUCUUUUGCUUUAUAUAUAUUGGGUCUCAAUUAUGUUUAAGAUAUGAUAAUAUUAUCUUAUUAAUCA